UCACAUCUGUUUUCUCUUCUUCUGGAAAUCAUAGUGAUUCAUGAAUAGAAGUCAAGAUUUCUGCAUCAAAAUGCCAGAAGGGUGCUCUUCCAUCUCUAAUCGAACAAAGAGCAAGUGGUUGAUUGAGGGGAUUGUAUUUGUCUUGUCAUUGGGAGGUCUAAUUGCUAGUUUAACUGGGAACGUGUCUAAAAACCAUGCGAUCUGGUUUUUAGAACCGUGGAAGUGGUGCGUCCUUGUAAUGGUGAUUGUCGGUGGCAGAAGAAUCAUGCAAUGGAUGAUGAUGCUUGUAGUUUACUCAGUUAAAACGGUGUUUUUGUUCAUGGAGGUAAAGGUCUAUUAUAGUUAUUAUAUUUAUAGUUUAGGGAAGUGUAUCGGUGUUGUUUUGUGGUUUGGUUCGGUUCUUCUUACGUGGGUUUUGUUGUUUAAGAGUAGUGAAGUUAAGAGGUUUUUAAAUUUGGCCAAUCAUGAAGUUAAGAGAUCAAAGCUUGAUUCUCACGUUCAGAAAUACAUAACGAGGUCUCUUGGUACACUUGUAAUUGGGGGGUUUCUAUGGGUGCUAAAAGCUCUUUUAGUGAACAUAUUAUCUUCCCCAUUCCAAGCUACAAGAUUGUUCCAUAGGUUUCGAGAAUCUUUGAUUGAUCAAUAUAUUCUUGGGGUUUUCUCUCGUGUAUCGGAUGAGAAAAGUGUUGUUGUGAAGUGGAUCAAUAAGAACCAAUUGCCAUGCAAAAAGAAGGGGACAAAUCCAGUAAUCAAUCGGCUAAAGAAAAUAGAACCUGAGGAAAUAUCUGCUUGGUCCAUGAACCAUUUAAUGAGCGUUAUAACGUCUCCUGAUGAUCCGUUGUCUCCAAUUACACAAAAACUUGAGAAACUAGCCAAAAAGGAGCAGGAUGUGAUCGAAUUAUUUGAAAAAACGGAAGACUUGGCUGCUGAUAUUUUCAAAAAUGUCUCUGAAAUAAUCUAUAAAGACGAAAGUAUCCUCUCCGCAAAAAAGAUUGAGAAGGGUGAACUCCAGCAAUUGCCUUUGUUUGAAGCAGAAGACCCUAGUGACGAUGUGAAGUAUGUGCUACAACAUAUACUCGGGGGGCAGAACGACGAAAUAAUCGGGAUCCAAGCUCUAAAGAAGUGGCUGGUAAAUGCUAUCAUUGAACGUAGAUCACUAGCACAGUCCUUAAAUGAUACUGCAAUAGCAAUAGACGAGUUGAACAAGCUUCUAUCUGUGAUACUGCUUAUUCUACUCUUCGUUCUCUGGUUAAUUAUGCUGGGAAUUUUAACAACAGAAGCAUUUAUCGCGAUUAUGGGUCAGUUUGUUGCUUUGGCAUUCAUCUUUGGCGACACUGUCAAAAGUACAUUUCAAGGCAUCAUAUUUGUAUUUGUUAAUCAUCCAUUUGAUAUUGGUGAUUCUUGUCUCAUCAAUGGAGAAGAGAUGGUGGUUGAAAAGAUAAAUCUUCACUCAACAGUCUUUCGCAAAAAUCAUGUGAAGGAUAAGGUAAUGUGUCCAAAUUCAGUUUUAGCUACUCAGCGCAUCAAAAAAUUGUACAAGGGUGACCGCCAUGUCAUCGAGGAUUCCUUUGAGAUUGCUAUUGCUUUGUCCACCAUUAAAGUCACCCCCACAUUCAGUGAUGGUUUGACCACCACCAAAGGCACCUUCUGGGCCACAGAAGGUGAUUCGACCACCACCAAAGGCGCAGAAUGUGAUUCGACCACCACCACAGACAGCAAAUUAUCUCAAAUUGAAUUUUUCGAGGACCCAAUAGGUCAACUACCUCAGAUUAAAUCUUUGCGCACCGCAAUAGACAGGUUCUUGCGUGUUAAUAAAAACAAAUGGUUACCGAAUUAUAGCUUUAACGUCAAAGAAAUUGAAGAUCAGAAGUUGAAAAUUGUUCUCAGGGUUUCCUAUCGCAAGACAGACCUUGACAGCGACUGGGCUAUGAUCAUUGAAAGGAGAAAUGCAUUAGUGAUAGGGCUGACGACGUUUAUUGCAGUGAUAAAGAAUAUCAAAAGCUACAACAUUCUGCCUAAAGCCGUUGAUGCGGAUAGCUGUUAAUUCGCCAAAUACCUUUCAUAUUAAAUGCAGCUAAUAUUAAUUUCCUGUUCUGUAUCACUAUUUGUUGGGGUCAUAAUUGUAUUCUUUAAACUGGAUGUUUGAAACAUCAGUUUAAGGAAGAGCAUCGUUAAAGAAUAAGUCAUUAGAGUGGUCCUAGUCUUUAGGCAUCUGGUAAUGUGUUGCCUUACAUUAUAUGUCUUGUUUAUGGCAUAGUGGUAGUCACUGUUGGGUAUGAAUUUCCCCCUCUU